UCACGUGACAAGAUAUUGUUUAUUCUGCAGAGGAAAAAGGACUUGUGUACAACUGUCAAACUGAACUGUUACACUGCACUGUGAGUGGAAGAUACUGCACUGACUGCACUACUAGCACUGUAGCCUCUGGAUUAUUAUCAGGAAGAUGUCCGACUAUCUCACAAUAGCAGAUCUAAAGAGAUUGUAUCUCGUCACGUUUGAUGCUCGAAUUAAGUGGCGAAACAUCUUGCUUAUUCUUGACGUACCCCAGGCUACAAUCCACAGCAUCGGGAAAGAAUGGAGCAACAAUCCUGAUGACUGCUAUCGUGAGGGUUUGAUUAAAUGGCUUAAUGAAGGAGGGAAGAGCUGGAAAGAGAUGGUGGAGGCAUUGUCUAGUCCCAUCGUGAGUGAAGUUCACAUAGCCCAGACCAUCGAAAGAGAUCAUCUACAGUCUACUGGUCCAAACAACCCUAAAUUACAAGUUGACCAAGAUCGCCAGAAGAUCAACGAGGAUUUAACUGUUUUCCUAGACGAGCGUCUGGGUAAAGGUGCAUUUGGAGCAGUCUUCAAAGGCAGCUACAAGGGCGAGAUAUGUGCAGUCAAAGUGCUGCUUCACGAUGCUAUGGAGAUGCAGGCAAGUAUUUCAGUCGGAAAAAACGAAGAAGCUAGCGAUGCAAUUGAUCGUGAGAGUGAUUUUCUCAAGUCGUUCCAGCACCCAAAUGUUGUUCAGUUUUUGUCGACUGCCAAGCACCCCAAAUCAGGGAGUACAAUCCUCGUUGUUGAGCUGAUGGAUUGCAAUCUGAGAUCCUAUUUCUCUGGCCUUGAUGAAGAGUCCCUCACUAGCGAAUGUGAAAUUAGCCUCAUCAAAGACAUGGCUUGUGGUCUGGCCUACAUUCACAGCAAGCAGAUUAUCCACCGUGACCUCUGUGGCGACAACGUCUUACUGAAACCUACACGACCAUUGCCUGUCGCAAAGAUUUCCGACUUUGGUAUGUCACGGCUAUAUGAUCCCUCCAAGCUUAGCCACACCCUCACAGCCAUUGGUCACCGUAUGGGGUAUCUACCUCUCGAGGCUAUUCGAUUGGAAGAGGAGAAGUACGAUAGUAGCCUGGAUGUGUUUUCCUAUGGGGUGAUUGUGACGCAGAUUGUUUGCAAGCUGGAGACGAUCAAAUCAGCCAAGGAUCGAUCAUUCCAUGUUGCCCAAAUCCCUCACACACACAGGUUGAAGAAGCUUAUCGACAGUUGUUUGCAAGAAGACAUGAGGAGGAGACCAUCUGCCAGGGAUAUCUAUGAUAACCUCACAGACCUAGUGGAGGCAACAAAGAGGGAGUCAAAGGACACUCAACAAGUCAAGAAGGGUCCCCCUCCCAGAGAGUUGAGACCUCCACUCACUCUGAAAUGGAGAAGAGGAAAAGACAUGCCAAUCGAGAUGGGUACCACGGUACAGAGUGUUGUUAUCGGUGACACAGUGUAUGUUGGUGGAGGGCUUGCAGUCAAUGAUCGUGAUGCGUGUACAGUGAUGAAGCUCGAGCAAGAUCAAUGGACCAAACUACCAGAGUACACUGCCAUGUACUUCGCUGUGACAUCACUCGCUAAUCGACUAGUGCUGGUGGGAGGACAGGAUACAAGAAACAACAAACGCACCAAUCAACUUUCAGUGUUUGGGUCAGGGGAAUGGACUCACCCGUACCCACCAAUGAACAUUGCUCGUCAUUCCUCAACAGCUGUCUCCUUCAACAACCACAUCAUUGUAGCUGGUGGGUAUGAUGAUAAAGAACGUACCUCCUCCUCUGUGGAGGUGUUGGACGUGGCAUCAAGAAGAUGGUACAUUGCUCAGUCACUACCUAACCCACAAGUAGUACCGAAAUCAACUCUCAUAGGAAACACCCUCUACCUAAUCGGAGGGGUGGAUCACACUGGGGGGGCAAUCAAGGCAGUGCACCAUGUCGACCUCAAUGAACUCAUUGCAAAGACCGUUUCCAACCUUGACACACCCACUCUCUGGCAGACCUUACAGGAAGUACCACUCGUGCGGUCAGCUCCUCUCAGUAUUGGGAGGUCACUAUUAGCCGUUGGUGGACGGGACGACAGAGUCAACCCAGGUUCAUCGAUCCACCUCUACCAGCCUGACACUAGGAGGUGGGUGAAAGUGGGAGACCUGCCUACUGCACGAUACAGCUGCACAUGCUCAGUACUUCCUAGUGGAGAGAUCAUUGUAGCCGGAGGAAAGACAAAAUCGCUUACUUUUAUUCAAACUGUUGAUUUCUUCUCUAUAAGUGCUAAUUAGUUAUUUUGUUAAUUGUUUCUCUUUAAUUGUGCGAUGAG